UCAUUCCUACGUGAUCGAAUCGUCAUCGAAAGACGGAGCAACGAGUAGUAGAGGGAGCACCACUUUCCCUUGAAGACCUGGGAAGACGGCGCCUCGGAGAAAGAAGGAGAAAGAACGGGAGAGAGUGAGCGAGCGAGCGAGCCGAUAGGUCGCGGUCCACCGUCGAGAGUAAAGUGUGUCGAGGUCUUUUCACGGACAGUAGUUCGUCGUUGCCCUGGGUCUGUCCCGUGCAACCGAUUGUACGCUUCCGUCUCUCGCGCGAUCAUUUUUCUUUUAUUUCCUUCUUUCUUCUCUUACCGCUCUGGUGUCAUAUCUUCUUCCGUCUCCCCGCCGAUUGUCACUCUCAUUCUCUCUCUUUCUUCUUCCGCCCCUCUCGACACACUAUGCAUAACUCGCCGGUGCUCUCGCGCUGAUCACGCAAAGCGACAUUCUUAGUUAGAAUAGUUCGACGUCGCGUCCCUCGGGUAUCGUGCAGACGCGUUGCACAAACACUGGGGAUGUCCCCGGGAUAACAAGUUUUCCUUUUUUUCCUAACGAGAUGUCUUCGCCAAUGGUCCUGAGCUUGUGCAUAAUAUGGAGUCUAUUUGUCGGCUCCAUCUCGUACACCGAAGAAGUCGUACAUUACCAUUCUUACCCGUACGAAUAUAGAAACUCGUACAUCUCGCCGACGAGAGGAUGGCCGCACUCUUGGGACCGAGCCGAACCAAGCAGAUCGGACAGACCGAUAUAUCGUAGAGACACGCGAGUGCGCCCCUAUACGCAGCUGGUAAAGGUUGAGCAAGAGCAGAGCGAUCCUUUGAUGACCAUCAGCGAGACCUUGGGCGCCUUAAAUACUGUGGGCAACUAUAUCGUCAAUAUGACGAGAGGCGUCGAGAUCUCGAAUUAUCCACCGAAGGAACUGCCCUCGGCAUUGUAUACCAUCUCCAAGAAUAUUCUAGGCCGUAAUGUAACAGACAGCAUCGCUCCUUUGGUACGCGGUGUAGCAUUGCCAUUGAGACAAACAGUCACGACCUCAACACAUGGACCGCCAGUCCAAGAGCAGCAGCAGCAAACUGCAGAGAAAUUGUCAAAUAGAGAUAAGGAGUCCACUCUAUCUGCAUGCACGACAGCCGAGGGUGGACCGGGAAAGUGCCAGGAUCUUAGCAAUUGUCCGCAAUUGUUACUUGAUCUUACUAAAUUGAGGCAGUCGUUGUGCUUUAAGAGUCUGUUCGUGCCAGGGGUUUGCUGUCCGUUAGAUAAAACCGACAAUCUCUCUAUUCCCAUCAACAUUGGUGGAGAUACGUUCUCCGGAAGUGACAGCGGUGGACAUUUCCCACGACCACCGAUUCGACCCACAAAACCCCUCACACCACGUCCGAUACCUUUGUAUCCGGUAACAUCUUCAACUAUAAGACCUACGACGCACAUCGUUCCAUCGCCAGACUUAUUGGGCAAUAAUACGAAUGGCUUCGAGACAAUCGGGACGGUCGACAACAAUUUUAUUCAGGAUGAUGACGAAUGCGGAGUAAGAAAUUCAGGCAAAUACCGUGUGGUCGGAGGCGAAGAAGCGUUGCCUGGUCGUUGGCCUUGGAUGGCGGCAAUCUAUCUUCACGGUUCCCGACGAACGGAGUUCUGGUGCGGAGGGUCUCUGGUAGGAUCGCACCAUAUCCUUACUGCUGCUCAUUGCACGCGAGAUCAACGACAACGGCCCUUUGCUGCUCGCCAAUUCACUGUGCGUCUCGGCGACAUCGAUCUGGAAAGGGAUGAUGAACCCUCGUCACCAGAGACUUACGCGGUCAAGGAGAUUCACGCGCAUCCGAAGUUCUCUCGCGUCGGAUUUUACAACGACAUUGCCGUCCUCGAGCUCACCAGACCCGUAAGAAGGUCACCGUAUGUAAUACCCAUUUGUUUGCCGCAGGCACGAUUUCGCGGGCAACCGUUUGUCGGCGCCAGACCAACAGUGGUUGGUUGGGGCACCACUUAUUAUGGAGGAAAGGAAAGCACCAUUCAACGACAAGCGGUCCUGCCGGUGUGGAGGAAUGAAGACUGCAACACGGCUUACUUUCAACCAAUCACCAGCAAUUUUUUAUGCGCCGGUUAUAGCCAAGGUGGCAAGGACGCGUGUCAAGGUGAUUCGGGUGGACCGCUGAUGCUGCGAGUCGAGGGUCGAUGGACGCAGAUCGGCAUAGUUUCUUUCGGCAACAAGUGCGGCGAGCCCGGUUAUCCUGGCGUUUAUACGCGUGUCUCUGAGUAUACCGAUUGGAUUAAAAAUAAUAUGAAGUGAUAACAUAACGUGAAGUCAUGUAGGGAAAAAACAAUAUCUUCAUAAAUAUAUUUCCAUACAAAUCUGUAAAAAAAUUAAAAUAUGUAUUAGAAUGUAUUGCAAUGCUAAUUUUCAGGAAUCAGAAAUCAGCAUUCUAUUUCAAUUACUACAUAUCAAGAUGCUUUGACAUAUGUAACAAAUUUAACAUAACUAAAUGUGCCUUUGUCUUUUUUAUAAUUUAAAAAAUUCUAUAUUAGUUAAUAUUAAGUAACGUAAAAGAAAAACUUCCAUUUAACGGUAAUAAAAUAUCUAUGAGGAUUUAUG